AUGGCUAAGGACAACAACGUUACCGUAGAUGAGGAAAGUUUUAACGCGACGACAGAUUUUUUACCAAAUCAAUUUUCAAGGUUUUAUCAAUUAACCUGGGAAGAUUUGGCAUUGGCAACCGUUCUUUGUAUAUUUAUUAUAAUAACGGUCGUUGGCAACACUUUGGUUAUUUUAGCCGUUAUCGUGACGAAACGAUUAAGAACGGUUACUAAUUGUUACGUCAUGUCAUUGGCCGUCGCUGAUUGGUUGGUUGGUGUUUUCGUCAUGCCACCGAAAGUGGCGCUACAUUUGAUGGGUUCGUGGGAGUUGGGAGAAAUUUUUUGUGAUAUUUGGAUAUCAUUAGACGUACUCUGUUGUACGGCAUCAAUAUUAAGCUUGUGCGCUAUAAGCGUCGACAGAUAUUUGGCCGUUACACAACCGUUGAAUUAUUCGAGAAGAAGAAGAUCUAAAAAAUUGGCACUUUUAAUGAUAUUAAUUGUUUGGUUGGUCGCCAUCGCAAUAACGUGUCCACCGAUAUUCGGAUGGUACGAUGUCAAUCAUCAUAAAGAUAAACAAUGCAGGUACAAUCAAAAUGAAGGUUACGUCAUAUUCAGUGCGAUGGGUUCGUUUUUCAUACCUUUGAUCGUCAUGUUGUAUGUUUAUGCGAGAAUUUCGUGCGUCGUUUCGAAAAGACACGAAAAAUUACGACAAGUUGAAAAUAAUUCAAAGACUUUAAACGAACGAUCAUCCCGAUACGCCGCCAUCUUGUAUCGACAAACAGGAAGAAUGCGUUACGAAAAACGAACGAAUAAAUUUCCAGGUUUCUUCCUGAAAAAAAAGGGUGAAAAGGUAUCGUUUUGGAAAAUGAAUUUUUUUCGACUCAAAAAUCAAAAAUUCAUAUCCUACAAUGAUGAAUCGGAUUACAUGGAACGUUCAUUUAACGACGAUGAUAAAUGUCAUCACAAUCCGAUAAUGAAAAGCACGAGUCUGAGUAAUAGCGAACAUAGUCAAUAUACCAUAACGUCGACAACUACGACGUCUGGAACUCAUCAUCACCAUCAUCAUCAUCAUAAUCAUAAUCAGAGAUCUAUAAGAUCACAUUAUUCUUAUCAUAAUAAUCAAAAUAAUCAUUCGGUGAGUACGGAAUUAUGCAGCAGCAGCAGCAGCAGUCAUACAACAGGAAAAGGAAAUUAUUAUGGAAACAUGAAUCGUACGGCGGGAAGGCCACAGGGUGGCAUUACAAUGGAUCAUCUGACACAAACUGGAGAACAAUCUUGUAAUUUAAAAUACAGUUCGUCGAGCAGAGUGUCGUCGUUUAGAAGAGAAAGUAAAACAACACAAACGUUAACAAUCGUCGUGGGAGGUUUCGUCGCUUGUUGGCUUCCAUUUUUUAUUACUUAUUUAAUGGCGCCAUUUUUACCCGAUUGCACGAUUCCGAAUUUGUUGUGGUCUUUACUCACUUGGCUGGGUUGGUUUAAUUCGGCGAUAAAUCCAUUCAUUUAUGCAUUUUACAGUGUUGACUUUCGAACGGCAUUUUGGAGAUUGACUUUUCAACAUUGCAUAACAACUCAAAAAUGGCAACAGCAACAAUUUCGUAAUCGUAAUAAAUGA